AUGGGGACACGGUGGGACACGGACUCUCCGCUGAAGGCGGUGCAGAUGCUGUGGGUGAACCUGAUCAUGGACACGCUGGCGUCGCUGGCGCUGGCCACCGAGCCGCCCACGGAGGCGCUGCUGCUGCGCCGGCCCUACGGGCGCGACCACCCGCUGGUGUCGGGCACCAUGCUGCGCAACAUCCUGGGCCACGCCGCCUACCAGCUGCUGGUCAUCUUCACCCUGCUCUUCGCCGGGGAGGUGCUGUUUGACAUCGACAGCGGCCGUGCUGCCCCGCUGCAUGCGCCGCCCUCGGAGCAGCGCUGUCCCCAGGGGGUGUCCCCAGUGUCCCCAAAGGUCCUGGGGUGCGACCCCAGAGGCCGCAGUGCUACGGCCACUCGGGUGUGCCCCGGCCCCGCGGGCGGUCAGUGGCCGGAGGGCUCGGACCCCGCUGACCGCUCCGAGCUGGACGCGGCCGAGCUGCGCCGGGGGAAGGUGCUGUGGGUCAGGGGCUUGAGCCGCAUCCAGACCCAG